UGUGAUCUUUCCAGUGGUCCCAUUACCGAAUCUUUACCUCACUGUGGCCUUACUUAUUGUGUUCUGUGCUUCCUUAUAUUGCUGUAAUGUUAGAGUCAGUGUGCGUACCGCUUGUCUCAGUCACUCAUCGCUGUGCCGCGGGGAGUUGCAGUUUGGUUGCUGUUGGUAGUGGAGAUCAUCAUGAAAACAUAAGCAGCAGCGCGUCUUUGAAUAAUUCACUCGUGGUGGAAUGCGGGGUCAGUAAUGGUCAGUAAUGGUGAUGUAAUUGUCAGUGGUCGAGGUUAAUGAUUCGACUAGACUCAGUAUGAUUCAUUCGAGUAAAAUGUCGGAAUGUCAGUAUACAGUACUCUUCGCUUUUAGUGUUGAUGCGCCUCUAAUGGUAAAGCAAAAUUGAACAGUUUAGCAAUGAUCGCGAAAGCAAAGUAGGUAUGAACUGUCACGAAAUUUCAGUGUUUUUAUUGUCGAUUUACUUUAAGCUAAUAGAUUCCAAUGCGACCACUUUCCAAUGGAGACAGAACAUACAAAUAUAACAAAAACUGCAACACCACGAGGCCUUCACGUGGCAGUCCCUUGUACUUUAAACAUACCUGACUAUACUCUUCUAUCAUCUCCGGCCAUACAUUUUAUCUAAUCCUCUUUUAGAAUUCCCUAACGAGACAAUUAAUGUAACAUUCCCGAUCCAUAUUCUCUGAUGAAAUAAAUAAAUGAACGGCAAUAAAUGAUCAAUGAUUAGGAUUAUUAUUUUACUCAUUUUGUAUUACCUUUAUUACUCCUGUGAUUGACUAAUGACAUACUCACUAUGCUUCACAAUUCACAAGCCUUACAGGCAUCCCAUUUCCCUCUCGUCUGAUGGUGCACAGGUGUCGCGUCGCUUAUGAGCCUGGGAUAAUGUACGGUGCCUUUAGUUACCCGGGGAGAGAGGCACUCAGGGAGGCGGUGCGCGUGCCUGAGACGUCCGUGGCUUCACGGUGCCCCUUCAAACCUACCGAGGAGUGGGAGCGCAUCACGAUCAUUAUGUUGUGGAUUGAAGGAGAAUCGUCUUCUUCCAUCGCCCGCAGGAUUGGCGUCAGUCCCUCCACCGUUAAUCGAUGGAUCAGGCGGUGGAAGCAGGAGGGCCACGUGUUCAGCCGGUGUUCCUGUCCCGUUUCCUUUAGAGCACCGAUUCAUAAGCACACGGGAAGCUUGAGUUAGGCCAGCCACCAACUCCAACCUGUCUUGUCACGUGACGCGAGGCACUUGUAUUCCAGUCAGUACUCAUGCAUGAAGUGAAGGUAUUGCUACCAGAUGUAGUUGUAAUGCACCAGGCGGUCUUGCUUACAGUGAGUGAGAAUGCUGUAUAUUGGGCGACGAAUUCUAUCACGUGGCGCUCACGAGGUGAAAGAUUGAUGUGCAAAUAUUUGUAGUGUGUGGUGAUUUGUACAAGAUUUUCUUCCGUUAUAAAGACUGCUGGUAUUAAAGUGUUCUGUCCUUGAUGACUCACAUAUCAGUAUCCUUGACCUCUCUCGUGGUGUGUCCUGAUAGUCGGCAUGAGGUGAUGUCUGUUGCACCACAGCGGUGACUUCAGGUUUGAGUUGAUUGUAACACAGGAUUAUUUAUCUUCCUGUAGCUUACCUGAUGGUGACACGCGCAGUGUUGUUUGUUAUGGUGCACAGUGUUCUUCACGCUGCCUCACACCCACGCCUGGCAGGUGAUCCUGAAGAAGCCCUGGCAGCGGAUGGCGUGGAGGCAGUGUUGGUGCAGGAACUGCAGCGCUGCACGCUCUCGUUGCUGCUUGAUGCUACCAACAUGAUCCACACACAGGUGAAGGUACGCCCAUACAGACAUACAGAUAUACAGCUGUAUUAACACCUGUCACUUAUAGAGUAUUGAACACCUUAGCAGCUGUUCAUAAACCUGAUGUAUGGUGCCAGAUGUUGCUUGAAAAGCGAGCAUCGCGCGGCGCCGUGGUGUUGGAGGCGGCGGUGCGCGGCGGGGACGGCAACGUGACGGAGGAGGGGCUGUCCCGGUCCGUGGACCACGUGCAAUGGCUGGGAGGGGCGUGGAAGUGCCUGGUGGUGGUGGUGGUAAGUGAUGACCCAACCUUCCUCGCCACCUUCGCUCACCUGUCACUCAGGCGUCACGCCCUCAGGUGGUCCACGAGGAUCCUUUUCCUUACUCGCCUUUCUCUCAGCCACCUUGGCGGCCUGCACGGCCUUCUCUCCACCAGGAACGCCAUGCUGCUCCUCGUCACAGGCGUCAAAGAAGUCAUGAGGUUAAUUUCCAUUCUAAAUGUUACUCCAGCCAUUAACAGGAAAGGUUCUGUCACAUAUACGUUCUUGGAAAUAGGGAAAAUUGUGAAAUGUUUUAGUCAAUAGUCAUAAUCUUACGGUAAUUAUUUCAAAAGUUAAAGAAGAAACAAAAAAAAAAACUAUCAGCAUUUUUCUUUCAUGACUGCAAUGAAACAAUUUACAUAAGGGUUUAAGGAAAGCUGAAUUAUGUAAUGUCUGGGGGGAUGCCGCUGUAAAUCGUCGUAAAGCAUCGCCACAGAGUGAUUCUUGCUGGCAGAGGGAACGUGUACAUGCUGGUGCCUUACGUGGCGCCACACACGCGGCCUGUCAGAGUAGCCUCGUGGGACACGCGGGAAGGGCUCGCCCUCCUGUCUCGUCUUCCUCUCUUCCCUGACAAGUACAGGAAGUUAGUAGUAACUCAGACCUCGAUAUCAUUCACAUUCUUUAAAAUAUUUGACGGUGAGAAUACCAGAAGACACGUAACACAUGGCCUUAGUACUUUUCAGUAGUCAUCAUCUUGCGCACGUUCCCUUGUUUAUCCCUCUACACUGUGCUCUCCAUGCUUAGCUUCGUUUUAUUCACGGCUUUUUUUCCAUGACUGCCCUCUUAUUGAACGUGCACAGAUUUAGUCACGGACCGGAACUUCUGCUGGCAAUCCAGGUCAUCCCUUACCACACGAUGCGGUGGGAGGAUGACCCGAGUGUUCCCGAGGGGCGGCGCCUCAUUGUUGAGGGAGCCUUGGACAACGUUGCUCGAUAUUUUUCAAAAGCCCUUAACUUUACGAUCAGGUACAUGUUGGCUUCUGGAAGGACCUUCGGCACCAAGCUUCCCGAUGGCACCUGGACUGGCAUGAUGGGCCUGGUGGCGCGGGAGGAAGUGGACCUCGGCGCCGCUCCCAUCGCGAUGUCGCCCAUCCGUGCAGAAGUCGCGGACUUCACAAUACCUCUCUGGAGUGGAAGGGUGAAGAUUGUUGGUGGACGUGGAGGGUUAGAGACAGACCCGUGGGGUUUCCUCCUGCCCCUCACUCCCGUGGUGUGGGCGGCUACGCUCAUCACGCUGCUAAUGGUGUGCGCUAUUCUGCUGCUGCCCUCCUCUUUCUUGCUCGGCAGAGUGCUAGGCCGAGGCGGCUCCCGCUCUGUCCGCGUCCUCCUGCAGCAAGGUGAGGCUUCGAUGACCGUGCUAGGCCCCUACUGCCAUGGAUUGCCCUGCGUCUUGAAGGUUUCCGUGCUCUCAGGGAGCAGCAGUCGUGCCAUAAUGAAGACUAACUCUGCUUCACUCACCCCCAACGCAGACGUGGUGUGGCCCGUGGAGUGGUGGUGGUGGGAGCGUCUGGUGCUGGGGCUGUGGAUGCUGACGACGCUGGUGCUGACGAAGAGCUACGCCGGCAACCUCAUGUCCCUGCUGGCUGUCAAGUACCUGCCGCAGCCCUUCCAGACCCUACAGGACGUCGUCGAUCAUCCUAGUGUGUCCAUCAUAUGGCAGAAAUUUUCCCUCCCUGAGCAGUACAUCAGAGCCGCCAAGUCCGGCGUGUUUCACGAGGUGGCGGAACUGGAGAAGGAAGGCCGCCUGUUGUUCCACGGACAGGCACAGUUCCCGUGGAGCCUCGACACUUUCGUAAGGAGAGGACGCCACGUGCUUGCCGACGCUGACAUCACGAUCACAAGCCUUUUAGCACGCGACUACUCAACCACAGGCCGAUGUGACUUCUAUUUAUCUAGAGAUGGAUUCUUGCCCUUCUCCUCCUCGUUAAUAAGCCACAAGACGGACCCUCUCAUACAGAGCAUCGACAGGUGGGUGCUGCCGCUCACCGAGGCAGGACUCAUCAGGUACUGGAUGGAAAGCGUCCCAAACUACACCAUUUGCGACAGCCCAUCAAAAAUAAAGGUUCACAAUGAGCCGUUUUCAUCCAGCCACAUCUGGAUUGUGUACGUGCUGCUGAGUCUCGGUCUGGGUGCCGGCGCUGUGGUCCUCUUGGCGGAGAUCGUGGCACACUAUCUCACCUGAACGCACCUGAAAGACAACGUUACGAUCAAAUGAUAAUGUCGCAAAGUCUUCAUUUGUAUUGUUGCAUGGUAUCUUUUCAGUUUCAUGCUGUACUGAAAGUAAAGUUAUUUACUGGAAUCAUCCCUGAGUUUAUGCCUCUUGUUUCUUUUCCCUCUUUAUGGCAGCAGUCCUAAGUGUGGUAUUACUGCAGGGGUCA